GGGCCUUAUUUAGGUUGCGCAGGCGCCCGCUGGCCAUUUCGUCUUAGCCACGCAGAAGUCGUGUGUCUAGGUGAGUCGUGGUGGGUCUUCGCUUGCAGUUCAGCGACCACGUUUGUUUCGACGCCGGACCGCGUAAGAGACGAUGAUGUUGGGCACCGAAGGUGGAGAGGGAUUCGUGGUGAAGGUCCGGGGCUUGCCCUGGUCUUGCUCGGCCGAUGAAGUGCAGAGGUUUUUUUCUGACUGCAAAAUUCAAAAUGGGGCUCAAGGUAUUCGUUUCAUCUACACCAGAGAAGGCAGACCAAGUGGCGAGGCUUUUGUUGAACUUGAAUCAGAAGAUGAAGUCAAAUUGGCCCUGAAAAAAGACAGAGAAACUAUGGGACACAGAUAUGUUGAAGUAUUCAAGUCAAACAACGUUGAAAUGGAUUGGGUGUUGAAGCAUACUGGUCCAAAUAGUCCUGACACGGCCAAUGAUGGCUUUGUACGGCUUAGAGGACUUCCCUUUGGAUGUAGCAAGGAAGAAAUUGUUCAGUUCUUCUCAGGGUUGGAAAUCGUGCCAAAUGGGAUAACAUUGCCGGUGGACUUCCAGGGGAGGAGUACGGGGGAGGCCUUCGUGCAGUUUGCUUCACAGGAAAUAGCUGAAAAGGCUCUAAAGAAACACAAGGAAAGAAUAGGGCACAGGUAUAUUGAAAUCUUUAAGAGCAGUAGAGCUGAAGUUAGAACUCACUAUGAUCCACCACGAAAGCUUAUGGCCAUGCAGCGGCCAGGUCCCUAUGACAGACCUGGGGCUGGCAGAGGGUAUAACAGCAUUGGCAGAGGAGCUGGCUUUGAGAGGAUGAGGCGUGGUGCUUAUGGUGGAGGCUAUGGAGGCUAUGACGAUUACAAUGGCUAUAAUGAUGGCUAUGGAUUUGGGUCAGAUAGAUUUGGAAGAGACCUCAAUUACUGUUUUUCAGGAAUGUCUGAUCACAGAUACGGGGAUGGUGGCUCUACUUUCCAGAGCACAACAGGACACUGUGUACACAUGCGUGGAUUACCUUACAGAGCUACUGAGAAUGACAUUUAUAAUUUUUUUUCACCGCUCAAUCCUGUGAGAGUACACAUUGAAAUUGGUCCUGAUGGCAGAGUAACUGGUGAAGCGGAUGUCGAGUUUGCAACUCAUGAAGAUGCUGUGGCAGCUAUGUCAAAAGACAAAGCAAAUAUGCAACACAGAUAUGUAGAACUCUUCUUGAAUUCUACAGCAGGAGCAAGCGGUGGUGCUUACGAACACAGAUAUGUAGAACUCUUCUUGAAUUCUACAGCAGGAGCAAGCGGUGGUGCUUAUGGUAGCCAAAUGAUGGGAGGCAUGGGCUUGUCAAACCAGUCCAGUUAUGGGGGUCCAGCCAGCCAGCAGCUGAGUGGUGGUUAUGGAGGCGGCUAUGGUGGCCAGAGCAGCAUGAGUGGAUACGACCAAGUUUUACAGGAAAACUCCAGUGAUUUUCAAUCAAACAUUGCAUAGGUAACCAAGGAGCAGUGAACAGCAGCUACUACAGUAGUGGAAACCGUGCAUCUAUGGGCGUGAACGGAAUGGGAGGGAUGUCUAGCAUGUCCAGUAUGAGUGGUGGAUGGGGAAUGUAAUUGAUCCAUCCUGAUCACUGACUCUUGGUCAACUUUUUUUUUUUUUUUUUUUAAGAAAAAACAAAACUUCAGUUUAACAGUUUUUGCAAUACAAGCUUGUGAUUUAUGCUUACUCUAAGUGGAAAUCAGGAUUGUUUUGAAGACUUAAGGCCCAGUAUUUUUGAAUACAAUACUCAUCUAGGAUAUAACAGUGAAGCUGAGUAAACUAUAACUGUUAAACUUAAGUUCCAGCUUUUCUCAAGUUAGUUAUAGGAUGUACUUAAGCAGUAAGCGUAUUUAGGUAAAAGCAGUUGAAUUAUGUUAAAUGUUGCCCUUUGCCACGUUACAUUGAACACUGUUUGGAUGCAUGUUGAAAGACAUGCUUUUAUUUUUUUGUAAAACAAUAUAGGAGCUGUGUCUACUAUUAAAAGUGAAACAUUUUGGCAUGUUUGUUAAUUCUAGUUUCAUUUAAUAACCUGUAAGGCACGUAAGUUUAAGCUUUUUUUUUUUUUAAGUUAAUGGGAAAAAUUUGAGACGCAAUACCAAUACUUAGGAUUUUGGUCUUGGUGUUCGUAUGAAAUUCUGAGGCCUUGAUUUAAAUCUUUCAUUGUAUUGUGAUUUCCUUUUAGGUAUAUUGCGCUAAGUGAAACUUGUCAAAUAAAUCCUCCUUUUAAAAACUGCA